CUAUUAUCAUUCGGGUGUGAGGUUAAAUUUUUACAAGAUAAUUUUGAAUUUUAACGAAAACAACUGAAUUGUGGGGGAAUUUGAAAUAGUAUUCACAUUCUAAAUCAUAUUUGUUUUCUUCGUACUUCUAGUAUCAUUAUUUUAUCCCGCAUUACCGAAUUUACCCCAAGCAAAAAUUGUUACCAUUUUCCAUUUUCUUAUAUAUAAUAAUACUUUUUACAUUAAUUGCAUUUAUUUGAAAAUAAAAAGAUGGGGACAGCUUGGGAAUUAACCAAGGUAUUAAGAGAAAAGAUUUACAAAUAUGCUCUGUAUCCACAAACAUCUGUAUCAUUGCGACAAAUGGUUCAAUUUGGACCAAACCCUUCACCAGGUUCAAUAUUUUUAGCUUCACAAUUUAUUGUAGAAGAACUUCCAAUUCGAUUAGCAUUGAAAGUAAAAGAUUUGGAGAAUGCUCCCUUGGGAUUAAGUAAAAUGCCAUCUACUAUAAAGGUGAAAAAUUGGUAUGCUCAAUCAUUUGAAGAAUUAACUGAUUUACCAAAACCAAUUAUAUCAGAGCAACUCUUAGAAUUACUUAAUUCUAAUGGGAAUUUACAUAAACAAUAUCAAUUAAGUGAUUCAAGUACAACAAAGUUCAUACAAGAUGAUAAUACUAUAGUUGAAGAAACAACAAAUCCUGCUAAUUCUGAACAAGAUAAUCCUGCGAUUAAUAAUGUAUUUAGUGAUGAUGGAAUAGUUGUCCGUCCAUCAACAAACACAUUUACACAUUCAUCUAAUCAAGUACCAAGUAUGGGGGUGAGUUCGAAAUUAAGAAGUGAAUCUCCAACAUUUGGUAAGACAUAUUUUACUUCAUGUCCUGUAAAUAUUGUUUGGCCAAAGGAAGUUUAUGAUUAUAAUAAGCAAGUAUUCGAUGCAUUAUCCAAGAUUAAAAAGAGACAUGAUGCCACUGUAGCUACCAUGGCACAAGGUGUUCAAGAAUGGAAACAAGAUAAUGAAACAAUUCAUGUAAAUUCACUGAUUCAAACAUUUUUGGAUAGAUUUUAUAUGUCUAGAAUUGGUAUAAGAAUGCUUAUUGGACAACAUAUUGCAUUAAAUAUGUCACAAGCAUCACAAGCUAAGACUAAAUUAACAUCAUUUUUGAAUGGGAAUAAUAGUAAGGCUGGAGGUAAAAGAACAAAUUAUGUUGGUGUCAUUUGUACUGAUUGUAAUGUUGGAGAGAUUGCAGAAGAUGCAAUUGAAACAGCAAAAUAUAUUUGUGAGGAAUAUUAUGGUUUAUUUGAUGCUCCAGAAAUCCAACUCAUUGCCCCUGGAAAUGAUAUCAAUUUUAUGUACGUUCCAGGUCAUUUAAUUCAUAUGCUUUUUGAAACUUUGAAAAAUUCAUUAAGAGCAACAAUUGAAUUCCAUAUGCCAAAAUUAAAGGCAGAAAUGUGUGCACAAGAUCCAGAUUUAAAAUUUGAAGAUAUCGAUAUCAAUGAUUUAACUUUCCCUCCUAUUAAGGUUAUUAUCUCUGAAGGAUCUGAAGAUAUAGCCAUUAAAAUCAGUGAUGAAGGGGGUGGAAUUGCAAGAAGUGAAGUCCCAUUGAUUUGGACAUAUUUAUAUACGACUGUUAGUGAAACUCCAGUUUUAGAACCGGAAUAUAGUCAAACUUCAUUUAAGGCACCAAUGGCAGGAUUUGGUUACGGGUUACCCAUUUCAAGGCUAUACGCACAAUAUUUCGGAGGUGAUCUUAAAUUAAUUUCUAUGGAAGGUUAUGGUACAGAUGUUUAUCUUCAUUUGAAUAGGCUUAGUAGUUCGUCUGAACCAUUACCAUGAUGUAUAUAAGAUAUAUAACGGAAAAAGUUACGUUUAAAGAAAUUAUGAUUAAAUUUUA